CCUUCGCCUGGUAACCUGAACACCCUACGACAGCAGCUGCACACGGCACACACUAUGUCGAGUAGCGCCGUGUCCCCUGGGCCCCACUCGGCUACCGGCCAGUCCUCGCCCAGCGUGUACUUUGGCCUGUCCAUACGUGGCAGUCUCACCUCAUUGGCUGACUCUGAAGCCACACACACAACCCCCAGGUUUGUGAAGGACACGUCCAAGUUCUGGUACAAACCCAACAUCACUAGGGAGGAUGCCAUUAUGAUGCUGAAAGACAAAGCACCUGGCACAUUCGUGGUCCGUGACUCCAACUCGUUCCCAGGAGCGUUUGGCCUUGCCCUGAAGGUCGCGACCCUGCCACCCAACGUUCAGACCAAGCCCACAAGUGACCCUAUUGCUGACCUUGUGAGACACUUCCUUAUUGAGCCCACAAGUAAAGGGGUGAGGUUGAGGGGCUGCUCCAAUGAGCCGGUAUUCGGUUCAUUGGCCUCACUGGUGUACCAACACUCUAUCACUCCACUCGCGCUGCCCUGCAAACUGGUUCUACCUGAACAUGGUGAGUCCCAGUCAUCAAUGUCUACAAUACGUAGGGCCGACAUGCUGAGUAAAGAUCCUUCCCACAUAGUGGCGGACGUAUCUCCCACAACAGAGAUGCCCAGCUCUGCAUCACAAUUACUUGCACAGGGAGCAGCGUGCAAUGUCAUAUACCUGAAUUCGGUGGACACGGAGUCGCUGACCGGCCCUCAGGCCAUUCAGAAGGCGGUCAAGAUGACCUUUGACAUGGCACCACAGCAGACGACACAGGUCCACUUUAAGGUGUCCAACUAGGGAAUCACACUGACGGACAACCAGCGAAAGCUGUUCUUCCGGCGCCACUAUCCAGUUGCUGCUGUGACCUACUGCGGAAUAGACCCGGAAGACCGAAUGUGGAAACGUGAGACCGAUGUCCCUGGUGUGAUUGCUGAUGCAAGAGUAUUUGGCUACGUUGCAAGAAAACAGGGCUCUGUGUCUGACAAUUCCUGCCACCUGUUCUGCGAGCUUGACCCCACCCAGCCCGCCAGCGCCAUUGUGAAUUUUGUUACCAAGGUGAUGAUAGGUCAGGGAAAGAUCAAGUCUUAGAGGUCAUGGAAAGGUCAAGUCAUUGGUAAGGGCAAGGUCAUGUCAUAGCCAACAUCAUGUGGCAUGGAGUGAUAAAAACGUUUUUUCAACUAGAAAUGGAAUGGAAAGAUGUUGAAAAAUGUGAAAAUUUAUGUAGGCGGCACCUUGAUGGCAGAUUAUGGUGGAUCAAUGUGAAUAUGGCGAAUAUAAAUGUGUUUUCAACUAGGAAUUGGAUGUAUGGAUGUUGAAAAAUGUGAAAAUGUUGCCAUAUGUUUGCUACAUGUGUAUUUAGGACAACAAACACAUUACAAACUCAAUUUUGGAUCAAUAAUAAUGGUGGUUGUAACAACAAGUUACCAACUAGAAAUUAGUAUAACUCUUAAAGAGUGAAUAGCAAACAUGUUGGUAACUUAAAAACGGAUGCAUUAUUAUGAAAAUUGUAAACAUAUUGUAAAUAGAAAAAAAGGCAUUGAUUACUAGUUAAAAAAGGAAAUCUCUAAAAAUGUUACCAUCUAGACAAUGUAUUGGUAAACAUGCAUGGACUUGCAUUAUUUCGAUGCCAGUGUUGUUUAAAUAGAAUAAUUAAUGAUGUUGAACAAAUGAAAUGGAACAUGUGCGUCAAGUGUGUACCAUAUACUACAUGAUUUUAUGUUACAUUUGUUGCAUUGAGGUGGUUGUAGAAACAGUUCAUAUUAAUAUCGUUAAGGGUAGUGUGCAGACCUUUAUUUAUGUUGUGUUCAGGUUAUAUUGGUUUUUGAUCGGUUGUCAUUGAACAUUUUAUAUAUUUAUAAAUAGGUGUUGUGACGCAGAUAUUGCUUUAUUUAUAUGAAACGUCAUAAAAAAGGGUUUGUAGUAAGACAGGGUUCAGUCACAGUAGGUUUAAGGUUGUUGCAAACAUACAACUUGUUCAUGUAUGAUGUGUGUCUGGUGGCAAACAUUGAUUGUAGUUAGCACGUGCCUGCCUUCUUUUUUAACCAUAUUUUACCUUGCACAGAUACAAUAAAUUAUUAAGGAAAUAAGCUUUAAUUUUUAUCAUGCUUAUAUAUUGUGUACAUAUAUAUUAUAGUUAUUCAAUUUGCAUUUUUUGUCGAUUUUAGCCGUGUAUAGUAUAGUUGUUUCAAUGUGUAGCAUAUGUGUGUUGUUAUACAUUUAUAAAUGUUGACGAUGGUGCUAAACCUCUGCACAUGUAGAUUGCUGUAAUAUAAAUACCAUGUGUACAUCAUACACCACAUGUAGAUGGCUGUAAUAUGAAUACCAUGUGUACAUGAUACACAUAUCUUCGGCAAAACUUGUACGUGUUAAGACGUGCUUGUUUGCCUUGUUGAUAUAUGGUUUAAUUUUGUCUGAUGUUGUUUAAGAUACAAUUUUUCAGCAGUGUUGUGAAGAAAAAGCUAUUAUUUUAAAGAGGGUUUUCAUAUUAGACGACAUUGUUUUAUGAAAUGUUUACACUUGAUUUAUAAAGAUACAUUAUCCGUUUAACAGUUUUAAAAUUAGUUAUUGUUUACAAAUAUUUCAUAAAAACUGGUUAUGCAAAGUAAGUUUGACUUUAUUUACAAAAUGGUAAAUUGUUCAGAUUUUUUGUGACCAAGGAAAUUUUUAAGUUAAGAUUUUUAUAACUUUUCACUGUUUUCACAAUUUGAUCAUUUUAUUGGAAAUCAUGUCAAAUAUUGUUAU